ACACGUGAACAGUGGGUGAUUCCCGGGCAAUAUAUAUACAGCCCGAGUAGGGAGACCGUCAGAUGAAAACUUGCCAGUGAACAGACAACGACAUAAGAUCUUUUACAGAAAAAGGGUGCGCAUUCUUAGUUGGAUUAUUAUACCUAUUACUUAACUUGAAUCUCAACAAAUAACAAUGACCAAGGCAGAGCUAAACCAGAACGAGCUUCAUGCUCUCAGAAGAUUGGCUGGUGAGCCAAUCAUUCAGUCCCUGGACUACCAAUCCUCAUCUUCAAUCAUAUCAACAUCAAACAUUGCCGAAGCUGUGUCUUCCAUGCCAGUUCCAGAAACGCCCAAAGCAGGUGUUCUUGUCAAGCUGGCUUACGCUGGAGCCUGCUAUGCAGAAGGCCGCAACAGACAGAAGAGAUUUAUUCCACAAUACCCAGGAAAUGAAGUUGCUGGAACCAUUUAUGAAAUCGGAAAUGACCUGCCAAACUGCAACUACACAGUUGGGGACAAAGUGAUCAUUGUUCCAGAGAAUGACAACUUCAAUACUGGAUAUGCUGAGUACAUCCCAGUUGAGGACACCACACGUGUGAUUCAGAUUCCAAACACAGUUCCUCUUGAGGUAGCCGCAAUGCUGCCAGGUGGUGCUCUUGCUGCCUAUGCUGCUGUCAAUUCUGCCAAGCCACAUGUUGAGAAGUUGCGCAAAGUCAAAAAUUGUGUCAAUGUGCUAGUAGUUGGUGGUGGAGCCUUGGCACUGUGGACCAUUAAGUUGGCCAAAUACUUAAUGGGCCGUGAGUGCAACAAUGUGAGGAUCUUUGUGGCUGACAACAGCAUUGAAAGAUUACUGACUGCCCAGGACCAUGGGUGCUUUGACAUCAUUCACUGGAAUGAGGAAGAUCAUGAGCAGUACAUUAUUGAACGCACACUUGACUCUUGUCGGGGUGGUGUGGAUGUCAUUAUUGAUUUCUUGGGCUCAAACAGAAGCAUGCAGAGGGCUCUCAAAGUUCUGAACAGAGAGGGUCUUAUUCUAGUUGGUGGCAACUCCACUUCAGAGACCAGCAUUUCACUCAACACACUAGCAGCCAAACAACAGAGCAUUGUUGGCAUUCCUUCAGGCAAUCUCAAUCAGUUAAUGGAACUCCUCAAUGCAGUUGCAGAUGACAAACUUGAAAUUCCAGAGUUCCAAGUGUUCCCAGUUGAAAAUGCCAACCAAGUGUUUGAAGACUUGAGUGAAAACAGGCUGACCAAAAGAGCCAUCUUUAAAUUUGGCUCACAGUCCAGCACACACUGUGUUGACAACCAUUGAAAGCAAUCAGUUUUUUAUUAGUCAGGACUUUAGCAUCAUAGAAACUAAUUAAUCAUGUAGAACUUGAGUUCUUGUUCCAAGUAUUCCUCAUUCUUGGACCUUUCAUCAACUGUGAUGCAGCUUAGCUGUGUAGUUUUGGAUAAAGGUUAUUUUAAAAUUAUCAUGUACGUGGUGACCACCUAUCCUAGGUGUGGUCUGACAUGAUGGACGCUGACCAUCUUUCAUGAGAGGAGAAGCAGAUGUGAAUUUGUCAACAAAAUAUGUUACACUAAGGGACAUUAAGGCACACAUUAUAAGAUUGUUUAUAAGAUUUAUGAAAAUGACUGAAAAUAAUGGCUGUUCCAUAUUGUUUCAUGUCCAAUGUUUUGAAUUUUUGUACAAAAUUUGAAUGAUCAAUGAGCCACUAUCAAAAUACUCAGUAAACAAUUUGUGGAACAUUAUCGUGUGUUAGACCAGCCAACUCUCAAUUAAAGCAAUAAUCAUUUUUACCAGUUAGACUUUGGGUACUUGAACAAAAGUUUUCUACAGUAAGAAUUUGUGGCACAAUUGUUAGCCUCUUUAAGAGAUUUAAAUUGGAUUCAUUAACAAAUAAGCUGUGAUGAUGUGAUAGGCAGUGCUUGUGUUAUCUGAAUCUUUGUAAUUGACCAACCCAAUAGUUUGAGGAGUGAAGUUAGAUAAAACAGGCACAGCUGGUUACAUAAUUUUUAAGUAUGCAAGUUAUUUGAUAUUUUGUAUCUUGGAUGGCAUUAUGAAAAAUGGCAAUGUUGCUUGUGUGAAUGUUUCAUUUAAAGAUUUCGAGUGCUCAUUUUGGUGCUAUGUGAUGCAUGUGUUGAUGUUUAGCGUGUAGAAAUUGCAAAACAAAAUGUCUACAAAAAUUUUUCACAUUGUUUAUUUUCAUAAAAUAUGCAUUUGUAGAAUAUAAUGAAAAUGACUAGCUAAGUACAUGUUGAAUAAACUGAUCUUUCAUUGAAAAGUGAAA